GAAAAUCCAUGGAUUUUAGCUGAUUGUCUUUUAUAAAAGUAAUACAAAAUUCUACAUAUUAUCAACCAAAAACAAAACCUCAAUACUCCUAAUUGCUUUACACUGAAAUUAUAUAUAUUUUUUUAAUUUUAGAGUGUAGGCAGACAAAAGAAGAGUGAAACAAUUAAACUUAACUGAGACGUAAUAUGAAUAACAACAUUUUAAUAGAGUAUGUAAAACGCCUCAAAACACACUCUACAUUAUAUGCACAUCUAAUACAAGGUUGUUUAUCAAGUAGUCUUUUCCUAUUAUUAUCAUCAAUUAUGAGAUGAGAUUUUUACAGGAAACCUAAAUUUUGUGACUUUACCUGUCCAACACUGCCCCUAGCUGUAAAGAGAAUAACACUGCAGAUGUUUUCAUUUUUAAGUGUUUUUAGCUUUUAUUCUCGUUCAGAACUGAAACUUCAACUCCUACCUAAAUUAAUUUUUUGUCUCUUAUUUGUACCUGACCUUAAAGCUUUGGAUUCUAGCAAGUCAGCAGAGCAGAAGGUCACUGGGUCUCUGUUUGUGUGUAAACUCCUUCUAGCCAAUGGGACAAUGGUAUCACAUAACCUCAUUUCUGUGUGUUCUAACAAAACAAACUAUAAAUACAAGCAUACAUCAUUCCACUCGUCUUUCUUUUUGGAUUUGAAGAUAAGAGGAACAAAGCUGGCAAAAUGGUUUCUCAGGGGAUUCAGAUAUUUGGUAUGUUGAUGGCUUUAAUUGGCUGGUUCAUGGUGAUUGUGGUGUGCGUCUUGCCCAUGUGGAAGGUCACUGCUUUCAUCGGAGCUAACAUCAUCACAGCUCAGAUCAUCUGGCAGGGCAUGUGGAUGAACUGUGUGGUGAUGAGUACAGGCCAGAUGCAGUGCAAGGUGUAUGACUCAAUGAUGGCCCUGCCCCAGGACCUGCAGGCAGCUCGUGCCAUGAUCAUCAUCUCCAUCCUGACUGGAAUAUUGGGAGUGAUCUUUUCAAUCGCUGGUGGAAAAUGUACUAAUUUCAUUGAGGAGGAGCGAUCCAAGGCGAAGGCUUGCAUCCUGGCUGGAGUUUGGUUCAUCAUCUCGGGGUUGCUUUGUCUCAUUCCAGUCUCCUGGUCUGCCAACUCCACCAUCAUCAACUUCUACAAUCCGCUCGGGAUUGAACCUCAGAGGUAUGAAUUAGGAGCGGCACUGUAUAUCGGCUGGGCAGCUGCUGCACUGCUGCUGAUUGGAGGGGGGCUACUUUGUUGGAACUGCCCCCCCAACACCCCCACUUCAUACCCAAAUUGACACCUGUGAAGUCAGUGUCUACAUCAAGACUAUACGUAUGAGUUGGUUAAAACCUCCUAAAUGGACUUACAAAGCUUAAAUAUAUAGUCACAUGAAGUAUAUGUAACAUGUAAUGACAGCUUACCACCAGAUUGCAGUUGGUGUAUGUGUCUAAGUGACCUUUCUCACAGUUUACAUCUUGUCAGGCAAGUGCAACUGACAGCAUAAACAAUGACUUUAUUCCAUUUAGUUGUGUCAGCAGGGCCCUCGGCAGGGGUGUAGCACAACAUUCUGGGCCCCAUACAAGUCUCUGUGGGCCAUCUUCCUCUCUUGGUCCCUGUCUCUCACGCAUCUUUUGAAAAAAGUUGACAAAUAAUUGAGCUAACAACUGUAACAAUUAAACUGUUCUUACCACAUUUAAACAAGUAAUAACAAAGGCAACAAUUUGUGUUGAAAAGUGGCUCAGAUUAGGGAAAAUUGGAGCCUUUAACAUUUAAUUUCCUGCAUUCUGGAGAUAUUUCCGCGUGGAAAUAUCUUUAUUUAUAUAAAGGGAAACAAAAUAGAUAACAGCAGAUAACAAUUCAUAAAUUUAAAAAUAUAACAGAAUAUAAUGCAGUAAUCAGCUGUAAUUUUUGGAUGAUGCACAUGUUUCGUCUAUACUUACAUUGCAUUGCAUGUUUUCUUAUUGUGCAAUAAUUCUCAUAGCCUUUUCAUUUGUUAGUUAACAUUUCCUGGCACAAGUUAUUUUUCAGAACAUUUUUAACAAAUGCUUUCAAAAAGUAAUGGGGACAAAAUCAGCCAUUUCAAAAUGUGGUGGGGACAUGUUCCAGCAUCCCCAGUGUAAAUUACACUUUAAUAAUUAUAUUUAUAAUAAUAAUCUGGGAUUUGUGCUUAAAUCUGCACAGUUUAAAAUCUCACAACAUUUCAACCCUCUUUUCUCAACAUGCUGUAUCCUACAAUUACUUUACUAUGGUUACUAUGGUUACUAUGGUACUAUGGUUGUUAUAAGUUUUAGUGGCAUCUAGUGGUGAGGUUUGGGAAUUACAAUCAGAGGCUCACGGUGCAUUCACAUGCUCCUCGAAUGGUCCCAUUUCCCGAGUUGUGAAGUCGCUCUUCCAAUUUCAGUGUGUGUUCACGUGCUCUUGCGUCGGAAUGUGGAAUCAACAUGGAUGCUACUACAAAGAUGUGUUGGAUUAGCAUUAUCAGAGCAUAUCAACAACAUGCAGACACCUAGUUGACUUUACAUGGAUAGCAAAUUAACCGUUAUAACCAUAUUAUAAAUUACAUGCAAAAUAUGUAUAUAAAAUACGUGAUUUGCCACAAAUCAAAGUUCUGUAUACGUCUUUAUUUCCCUUGUACACUUUAUUUCUCUUUUUGAAAUAAAGACUUGAGGAAGUAUUAUAUAAGUAUUGUAUUAUAGUAUCAUUGUAUCUUUUUAUAUCUUUUGUGUACUUGUAAAUUUUUUCUGAUCUCCUUACUUUUCAUAUAUUUAUAUUACUAUUUAUGUUAUGUGUACUAUAACUGCUACUAAUAACAAUACAUGUUCUUCUUGUUCUUCUUCUUCGGACGUAUUCAAUGUAAUGACGAAACUCCGUAGAGCCGUUUGUCCAUUUGGCUAGUGUAGAAAGAUGGCCAUGCAACAUGGUGAAGUCCAUGUAAGGGGAUCCGAUGUUUAUACACCACAUGAAAGCAUUUGUGUCAAUAGAUCCUCCUAAAUACUACACACUGAACCUUUAAAUAGCCUUUGCCAUGACUAUCAUGCUUUAAAUAACAUUAUUUUCUUCAUGAAGGAAAUAAGCAUAGUGGCAUUUCACCAGAAAUGAAGAUUGAGGGAAUUAAAAUCAACGACACUGUAAGCAGAGGAGAUGAUAAUGCAGCAAUGCAUUGACAUGAUACAGUAUAUCCAUAGUGUGUGAGGAGGUUACUGCAGUGUAGUUUCCAUAGGAAACAGGAUAGAGGAUAAAUCACUUCCUGUAACAAAGUCAUAAGGUGUUCAAUGAAAAAAGCAAGCACCAGGGACCAGAUAGGCAAGAUUUUUUGUGCACAAUACUGGGUAAGGUGUGGGAAAAAUUGAGUUUGUUUACCCAACAGGGGUAUCUACAAUAUAGGUUAACAGAUUAUAAAAGCAUACAAGAAACAACACAUCAGCUUAAUUUGAUCAAACUAAUUAGUGACAAAAAAUAUCAUCUAGUGAAAACACUGCACAGAAGGAAUAAAGAGAAACUCACAAAAUCUUUCCAUCCUUACCUCCAAAAUUGUCUGUGUUGUUGCAAACACAAUAGAGUAAAAUUCUUCAUAGUCUAUAUGCAAUUCUCUAUUAUGAACAACAGAGUAAGCACAAACUUUUGUUGUGCUUGCUUAUCAGUUGUGUGUUAAGAUGCCCAACCACUAGUAAAGAGCUUGUUUGUGUAAAAAAAAUACAACUACACUUAAUUUGAUCAUUUGCCAUCCUUUAUAGUCUGAUCUGGUUUUAGGAUAUUUGAAGUCACUAAGGGCUGUUCUGCAGAGAC